AUGGAAGGAGUGCACAGUACAGCUGAUGCCACUGACUCACCAAACAAAAGCAGUGAGGAGAAGGAACAUGGUCAAUACAGUCAUCAGAGAGGAUUCAGGGAGCAAGAGCUUCUCACCAGCAACCAUCCCUGGAAACCAUGGCAACAUGCUCGCUCAAGGGUCAAAGAAUGCCUGCUGUGGGUGCAGUCCAUACUGGAACCAGUGGUGGGUCUGGACUGGCUCUGUCUCUGCAUGCUGGGAAUGGUCAUGGCGCUCCUGAGCUUCUUUAUGGACCUGAGUGUGACCAAACUGCAGCGUGCUCAGCACUGGUUGUACAGUCACUUGGAGGGACACAGGCUUCUGCAGUUUCUAAGCUGGACGGUAUACCCUGUCUCCCUCUGUACCUUGUCCACCGCCUUCUCCCACAACCUCUGCCCCUACUCUGCAGGCUCGGGCCUUCCAGAGGUGAGGACCAUCCUCUCAGGUGUGGAGCUGCCAGACUACCUGACUCUCUCACACCUGUGUGCCAAGCUGGUGGGCCUCACCUGCACCCUGGCAGCUGGGAGUUCAGUCUUCCUGGGAAAAGUGGGACCGUUUGUCCACUUGUCUACCAUGAUGGGAGCAUACUUGGACCGCAUGUGCAUGUCUAUUCAUGGGAAGAAGGAGAUGACACCACACAGGGACAUGCUGGUGGCAGCGGCGGCUGUAGGAGUGGCCAGCUGUUUCGGAGCUCCAAUAAGUGGUGUGCUCUUCAGUGUGGAGGUGAUGGGGACACACUUCGCCGUGCGGGACUACUGCCGCUGUUUCCUCUCCGCAGCCUGCGGGUCAAUGGCCUUCCGGAUGCUGUCCGUCCUCAGCCGGGAGCAAGAGACUGUGCAGGCCCUGUUUAAAACCAGCUUCCCUCCCGACCUGCCCUACCGCAAUCCUGAAAUACUGGUCUUUGCCCUCUUGGGGUUGCUGUGUGGAGCAGUCAGUCGUGCCUAUUUGUUCUGCCAUCGCCGGAUACUCCAUUUCACGAAGACAAACAAACUCAUCAGCAGGAUCCUGGCCACAGAAAAGGCGCUAUAUACAGGCGCGGUCGUGUUUCUCCUGGCGUCUGUCAGCUAUCCUCACAGUAUGGGACACCUUAUGGCCAGUGAGCUUUCCAUGAAGCAGCUCCUCUCUUCCCUAUUGGACAGCCGGCAGUGGUGGACUCUAUCCCAGAAUGCCUCUGUGCUUCCACCUCAGGAGUUGGCCCCAGAGAGUCUCUGGCAGAAGUGGGGUCACCCAUGGGCCUCAGUAUAUCUCUCACUGGGAUUCUUCCUGGUUAUGAAGCUAUGGCUGCUGGUCCUGGCCUGCACAUUACCCCUGCCUGCUGGAUACUUCAUGCCUGUCUUCAUCUACGGUGCUGGAAUUGGGCGUCUGAUGGGUGAAGGUCUGGCCUGUAUGUUCCCAAAUGGAUUUCACUCAGAGGAGAAUAUCAGUCCAGUAAAUCCUGGGGGUUAUGCUCUGGCUGGGGCUGCGGCGUUUUCGGGCGCGGUGACUCACACGCUGUCCCCCGCCCUCCUGGCGCUGGAGCUGACAGGCCAGUCCACCCACGCCGCCCCCGUCCUAUUGGCCACGCUCAUCUCCAACGCCCUGGCGCGCUCGCGGCUCCGCCCCUCCUUCUAUGACGCCGUCUCCGUUGCUAAGAGGCUGCCGCACCUGCCGUCCCUGCUGCGGGCCAGGCCAGAGUUGAGCUCCGUUCGGCUGGGCCAGGCUCCGCCCGGGAGGGGGGAGGUGCUGGAGAGAGCAGGGGGGGAGGCUGAGGUGCGUCUGGCCCUCGCGGCCAGCGCACAGACCGCAUUCCCCGUGGUGGAGACACGCGAGUCCCAGCUCCUGCUGGGGUCGGUGAGCAGAUCUGAGCUGCAGAGGUUCCUGCUGCAAUUUGUUUCCAUUCAGGUUUCAGAUAAGCAGCUUGGAGACGUGUGUUUAAUCCAGCCAAUCACUUUCCAGGCCUCCGUCCAUACCACAGUCCAGGAGGCCCAUCAGAUAAUGAGUGUACUGUCCACACAACAGCUGUUUGUGACUGAGCAGGGCAGGCUGUCUGGGGUCAUGACCUGGAAAGAGAUGAAGACAGCUAUUGAAGAUAUGGCCAAUGGAACAAUUGAAUAA